AAAUCGUUUCGCGGCACCAGUCACGUACCCAUUUGGGUACGGUAGAGCCUCGGCCGAAGACCAGCAUCAAGAUAAAGUCAGUGGGAGUUCUACCUAAGGAUGCGCAGGAACGAGUGGUGCCGUUAGUGGUGGAUAACAACUCGUUGGAGGGACCAGCGAGCGGCGAGGAAGGGGGCCACGGAAACGGCCCCCGAAAGGGCCCGCUGGAUGGUCUAGCCUACGAGCCACCAUCAAGAUCUAGCCGGCAAGAGGGCGAAUACGUCCGAUCAAUCGAGACGCAGGAGCCCAGUACUGUCUUUGAUUCAGAUCUGGCUGCAGUGGACACCGGGCUGGGACCUACCGGUGAACGCAUAGAACUUGAUGAAAGGACCGGAAGCAAGAUUAAGCGUCCACAAAGCCCCAUAGUGUCGGCAAUCAACGAUCACGUCCCGAUCUCGAUACAUUGCAAACGUCAUCCGGAGGGAUUCAACGGCGCAGCAUUGGAGCUACAAUCGACCAGCGAUAAUUCCAACGCGCGCUCAAAGCGUUCGAGGAAAACGUUGGAGAACGACAGCGACAACGACAACGACGACGAGGAGCAACCGGCGAGGAGAAUUUGCGCGGCGCAUCGGCACAGAGUGCCCUGUCACAUAGCGCGAGCCCACGCGGAGCCGCCCUGUCGAAGAGACGCGAACCGAAGUCGACCCUGUCGUGUUCAUGAUCACCGGCGGGUCUGCUCGAGAGGGAAGUCGACGGAAAGACCGGAACACCGGCAUCUGAGGUUCCACGAUCCGGAGAACGCGAUCGUACGGCUAGAGCAAGACCCGAUACUACGUCCAGUUCGCAUUCUCGGUUGUCCUCCCGUGGAGGGCCAGGAGAUAUCAUCCUACUUGGAGCCGGCUGGGCCCAGUUACGUUUACACGGGCAUCGGCGUGAGUCAGUUCGCCGGCGGUGAACCGCACUGCUUCGAUCUGCACAAUCCAGACAAUAUUCUGCCCAAGAGCCGCGUUGGCAGCAUCGCCAGACUCCUCGACGGGCCGAAUCGCGCCGUGAAGGAUAUCAACCGCAAGAUCCUGGCGAUGGCGCGUGCCAUGACGCCUGCCUGGUCGCUGCGCCUACUCGGCGUCAGCUGCGGUUCCGUGCUUUGCGCCUGGGGACUUUUGUUGAUAUUAUCCGUGCUUGGUGGCGGUGCCUCGCAUGGCACCGGGAUCGGUAACUUCGGCCUCGGUAGUAUGACGGGUACGAUGGACGAUUUGAAUGGCGUUAGGUGUCCUUGGGCGUGCACGUGCGGCGGACAGGAGGUCGAUUGCUCUCAUCGCGAGCUGACGCAGAUUCCUGGCGACCUGGCGAGCCUGCUCAUCGCGGAAAAACUAGAUCUUCAAGGAAAUAAUGUAUCGGUGAUAUUCAAGACAGAUUUUGAAGACAUGGCAACACUUCACGUUUUAUUGCUCUCAAAUAAUCAAAUACACACCAUCGAAAGAGGGGCUUUUCAAGAUUUGGUGGCAGUAGAAAAGCUACGGCUAAACAACAAUCAAAUACGUCACUUGCCCGAUCUUCUCUUCAGCAAUAUGAUGAAUUUAAAACGCCUAGAUCUUAGCCACAAUCAGAUCGCCACCAUAGGACCGAAGACUCUCAGAGGAGUAUCCGCUCUCAGACAUUUAUUACUUGACAACAAUGUGCUGACUUGCGUGGACGAGGCUUCGAUACGAGAACUGAAAGACUUGGAAAUAUUAAUGCUGAAUAAUAACAAACUUGUAACGCUUGGCAAGGAGAUGCUGAACGGCUUGUCGCAUUUGCGAACUUUGAAACUUGCGGAUAACGCUUUCGCAUGCGAUUGCCAUUUAGCAUGGUUAUCGCGUCAUUUGAGGGCUCAUUCACGCCUAGGGCAACAUACACGAUGCGCAUCUCCGGCUCAUCUCAAAGAUCGCAGUCUCGGUGAUGUGCAGGAGCACGAGUUCAAGUGUUCAGGUCUGGUCGAGCGAACGGGAUCGGAAUGCAGCGCUGAGCCCCAAUGCCCGCAUCCUUGUAAAUGUGCUGAUGGGAUCGUCGAUUGCAGAGAGAACUCCUUGACGAAAGUGCCAACCCACCUUCCCGAGGACACCACUGAGUUGCGACUGGAACAGAAUGGCAUCACAGAAAUUCCACCCAAAGCUUUCUCGCCAUACAGAAAAUUGCGUAGAAUUGACCUGAGCAACAACCAGAUAAAAAAGGUAGCGGCAGAUGCUUUCCACGGAUUAAAAUCCCUUGAAUCCCUAGUUCUAUAUGGUAACAAAAUUACGGACCUACCAGCUGGUCUUUUCCAAGGCCUGAUAAAUCUACAGUUAUUGUUACUGAAUGCCAAUGAGAUAUCAUGCAUACGAACAGACUUGUUCAAAGACUUAGGCAGUCUCACCUUACUGUCUUUGUACGACAAUAAUAUACGUUCGUUAGCUAAUGGGACUUUCGACAACCUGCGAAGCAUUAAAACUUUACAUUUGGCGAGGAAUCCGUUCAUAUGCGAUUGCAAUCUACGCUGGCUGAGCGCGUAUCUUCACGCGCAUCCUAUAGAGACAUCCGGCGCGAAAUGCGAAACGCCAAAAAGAGCGCAGAAACGGAAGAUCGAUUCAAUGCGGGACGACAAGUUCAAAUGUAAGGGUGACGAGGAGCUGUUAACGAAAAGGGCCGGCGAGUGCAUUCUGCCUGGCGCUUGCCCCGCGCCGUGCACAUGCAACGGCGCGACGGUCGAUUGCUCCAACAAGAGAUUAACCGCGAUACCGAAAGACCUGCCGCUUUACACGUCGACUUUGUUGUUGAGCAACAAUGAACUGGACAAGAUCAAAGCGGACGGCCUUUUUGAGAAGCUGCCCGAGCUGCAACAUCUGGAUCUCAGGAAAAAUAAAAUCUCCCGCAUCGAGGCGUCCGCCUUUCAAGGGGCUCACAAUCUCACCGACCUGCUUUUGUCCGAGAAUAGACUGCGAGAAGUGCACAACAAAAUGUUCGCCAGCCUACCGAGCCUUAAAACAUUGAAUCUCCAUGGUAAUUCCAUUACAUGUGUUAUGCCGGGAUCGUUCGACGGAAUGCCGCACAUACGCGCCAUCAACAUGCAAGGUAACCCGUUAUCGUGCAACUGCUAUCUCGCGUGGUUCGCCGGAUGGCUGAGGAAACGAGAUAUAGCCGGAAUCACUGGCCGUUGUCACGAUCCACCGCGAUUAAAAGAUGCCAUCAUCAAGGAUAUUCCACACCACGAAUUCAAAUGCAACAACGACAGCGUGGGUUGCCUAGGCGACGAUUACUGCCCGCCUCAAUGUAAUUGCGCGGGUUCGGUGGUGAGAUGUUCGAGGUCUCAGCUUACAGAGAUUCCACGCGGGAUUCCACCGGAAACCACCGAGCUGUAUUUGGACGUGAACGACAUCAAGACGAUCCAGCCGGAGAGGCUGAACCACCUGAGGAUUCUCACCAGACUGGAUCUGAGCAACAACCAGAUCGGAAUGCUGUCCAACGAUACCUUCAAGAAUCUCACGAAGCUGUCGCACCUAAUCAUCAGUUACAACAAGCUGCAGUGCGUGCAACGAAAUGCUCUCGCGGGAUUGAAAAACCUCCGAAUAAUUUCGCUGCACGGUAAUGACAUAUCGGUGAUCCCGGAGGGAGCGUUCGAGGAUCUCAAGUCUAUAACACAUCUUGCCCUUGGGUCCAACCCGCUUUACUGCGAUUGCAGCAUGCGAUGGUUGGCCGAGUGGGUGAAGAAAGAUUACGUGGAGCCUGGCAUCGCUAGGUGCAUGGAACCACCCGCGAUGAGAGACAAAUUGCUUUUGACGACACCGGCUAGUGCCUUUCAAUGCAAAACCAAGCAGCAGCCAGCCGAAGUCUUGGCCAAGUGCGACCUGUGUUACACCUCGCCAUGCGAAAACGGAGGAUACUGCGAGGCGCUUCCGGACCGGCAGUUCCGUUGCAAGUGCACGCCAGGAUAUCAUGGGGACCGGUGUCAGCAUAAAAUUGACGCGUGCUAUGGAAAUCCUUGCAGGAACUCCGGAACUUGCAAAGUACUGGAGGAAGGAAGAUUCAGUUGCGACUGCGCCCCCGGGUACAAGGGACUUCGAUGUGAGAGCAACGUCGACGACUGUGCCAACAACCGAUGCGCUAACAACGCAACCUGCGUCGACCUCGUACAAGCCUAUCGAUGCGACUGCGCCCCAGGAUUCAUGGGAGAAUACUGCGAGGAGAAGAUACCCUUUUGCACAAAGGGUCACGACCCCUGCGAGAAUGGAGGCCGAUGCGUCGACCACAAGACCCACUACAGCUGCGAAUGCCCAGUCGGCUUCACCGGCCUCAAUUGUUCCACAAACUUGGAUGACUGUGUCGAUCAUAUGUGCCAGAACGGUGCUACUUGCAUUGACGGCAUAAACAAUUACGAGUGUAAGUGCGCGGCGGAAUAUACAGGGAGGUACUGCGAGGCUGCACCCUCGACAGCCAUGCUGUAUCCACAGACAAGUCCGUGUGCCCACCACGACUGUCAGUACGGUGCCUGCUUCCAGCCUGCUCCCUCCGCCGCGGACUAUCUUUGCCAGUGCCAUCCCGGCUAUACCGGAAAACGAUGCGAGUACCUGACGAGUCUGAGCUUCGUGGACAAUAGCUCGCUGGUCGAGCUGGAAUCGCUACGCACGAGGCCCGAGGCGAAUGUGACCAUCAUAUUCACGACCACGCAGGAAAACGGGGUUCUUUUCUAUAACGGACAACAGGACGGGCACAUCGCCGUCGAGCUCUUUAAUGGGCGGGUCAGGGUUUCGUAUGACGUGGGUAAUUAUCCUACAUCGACGAUGUACAGCUACGAGAUGGUAACCGACGGCAAGCCUCACAUGGCGGAGCUUCUGGCGAUCAAGAAAAAUUUUACAAUGAGGGUCGACCGAGGCCCCGCCAGGAGCAUCAUAAACGAGGGUCCGAAGGAUUAUCUCAAGCUUGUCAUGCCGAUGUUCGUCGGUGGCGUAGCGCCGGAAGUUGCUAAAGUCGCGUUUACCGAGUUUCAUCUUAGAAACAUUACGAGCUUCCAAGGCUGCAUCUCCGAGAUGUGGAUCAAUCAUAAGUUGGUAGACUUCAGCAACGCUGCAAAGAUGCAUCGCGUUACUCCCGGAUGUGUUACUAGCGAAGAGGAGGCCGACGAAGCGAGAGAUGUUGUUGAAGCUGAAGGAAUUAACAAUGGUGGCAGUAACGAGGAGUCCAUGCCACAAGAGCACAUUCCUCGCGAACAUUCAGAUGUCAUCGUGUCGGUAUCCGGAUUGGUGCCUUCGCAUGCAUGUAUCGGCCAUGAAUGCAAAAAAGGAUCCCAAUGCAUACCGUCGCCAUAUGGCAACGGCUAUUCUUGUCGCUGUCAAACCGGCUGGCAAGGACGAUACUGCGAGAAAGCACCGACAUGUCGUAAGGAGCAUACCAGGGAGUACUACAGCGAGAAUGGAUGUCGAAGUCGACGACCCGUGAAGCUUGCUAAAUGUUGGGGAAGUUGCGGCAAUUCCUGUUGUUUACCACGGAAGACUAAACGGCGCAAGGUCCGAUUAAUUUGCACGGACGGCAUGCGGUAUACUAAGGACGUUGACCUGGUGCGUAAGUGCACGUGUACCCGCAAAUGUUACUAGCCAGUCGACGCAUCGCGGCCCGAGUCUCGUCGGCGCGCGUCGAGACGUAAAACGAGACCGAGAAGAAACCCCCGGAUCCGAAGCGGCACCCCCGCGCGUACUUCCACGUGUCCUCGGAGAUGACGAAGGGAACGGCGGUGGGACGGUGAGGGCGUGCGCUACCAACCGUGCCCCCUCGACAUCCCUAUGCGAGACGCACGUGGACUAGAAAGUGCGUAAGGAAGUGCAGGCCAAAACUAGAUGGACACACACAUAGCCGGCUCAGUGUGAUAUGUAUUAUUAAAAAGAGAAAAAGAAGAGAGAGAGAGAGAGAGAGAAAGAGAGAGAAAGAGAGAGAGAGAGAGCGAGAGAGAAAGAAACAAGAAGCAAGAAUAUAUUGUACGUAAUAUAUAGCUACGGACUAUCGAUAUCGAAGCAGUUAAACGUAUACUAGGUAUUAUUCGUAUAUAUAAUGACCCGAUAUAGGUAUAUAACGACGAGAACGCGGGCGGAAGGAAGGGUGAGCGCGAGCGCGCGCGGACAAUGUGUCCGUGUAUUUGCGAUCGCGGACCGCGCACGCGGGCGCUUGCGUGUUCGUAACGUUACGCACGAAUGCGUACGAUUACGCCGUUGAUUUAGCGCGGAAUGGACCUAACUGGUAAUAGGGGAUUCGCGGCUGCGUGCAAACAGGCUUCCGUAAUCUUCUUAUAGGAUAUACGCGCCGCUUUUUGUUUAAUACAUUUCCAGCGGCGGAUCGUAAUCUCCAUUGAGGCUUCAACGUAAACGUCUCUGAUUCAUUGCUUAUUCCUCGAAAAUUAUAUUAUUCAGAAACUUCUGUUAAUCGUCCCUUUUCACAAAGAUAUUUGAAAAAUGUUUUUUAUAAAAAAUACUUAGAAAAUGAAAUUAAAACGUUUUACAUAAAAUUAUUUGUAAAAUAAUAUGUUAAUUAUCAAAUUAACAUCUGUCGCGUAUUCUUUGUCUGUUUUGAAUUAAAUUUGUUGCUUAAAAAUGGUAUUUAUAUUUUUGUAUUUAUAUUAGAAACCAUUACGCGUAACAAUAAAAAUUAGUGACAAUCAUAAUUUUGGGGGGCAAGCUUUGUAUGUAGUCGACCGCGAAAUGACCUAGAUCCACGUUAGGUCCAUCUUUUUCCCAGCGAAUUUUUACACUAAAUCGCGAAUCUUUGAUCGUAUAGCUAUUUCUACCCACUGAGCAACGGUCUUUGAAUUUUUGCAAAAGAAGAUCUACAAAUACGUGAAAAAUAGCGAGAGAGAUGUUUGUGAGAAUGGCGCGAAUGACUGCAAUACUUUUUCGCUAUAGAUUGUUUGGUUUUGAUACACUUCGCUUGGCUACAAUACACACGUCGUCGUAGCCAAUAAACCCGAACGGAACGGAGACAAACAGAAAGGAAUGGCGGUGCGUUUCUUGUCUUUUUCAUCAGUUUAGUUACAAUGCUGCCAAUUUAGCGUUCCAAUUAUCACUUUAACUGCACAAUCUUUAGCUAGUAUGGAUAUUAGGCCGUUUGUAAAUCGUAAAUAAAUACGAUAAGAGGGGACAAGUAAUUAUGAUGUUAAAAAAUCAUGUAGAAUCAUAAUUAUGCGAAUAGGUCACAGGUAAGUGUCUCUAACUAAAUGUAAAUUAUAUUUUAAGGAAAAUAGGAAGGACUCCCUUAACUGAAAGUAAGCCGUCAACGUCUUCUUACCUCACCUCACCGACAGCAGCAGUGGGAAUGUAGCUUUAUUUUUGAAAAAGCCAAGAAAUCGCACCGCGCGAUUGAGAUUGCCGGAACGAACUGCGUCGUGAGUUAGUUUUCGAAGGGCGUGAUUCAGAAUUUUUUCACUUUACGGCCUAAUGUCACAUUACGAGGUGUACGAUGCAGCCCCUACAGGCUGCGCGGAGCAACGGAAAGCUCGCGUGGAAACGUAUGGAUCGAUGCAGCGGACGAUAAUAGGAAAACGAAUUAUUGAGAAACGACGCGCGUAUUAACGUUCGAUCAGCCGAUUGCGAAACGGAUGUAAUUAUAUAGGUCGAUGAAAUCAUCGGUAAUCCAAAACAACGGGUUCGCCGACACAAAACCGCGUAAUUAUUUUUGUAUAAGCGCAUUAUUUAUAUAUCUAAGCUAAUUUUUUUAUUAGUUUAAUCAAGAAGCGUAAUUCGUUCGUACUACUUAAGCCCCUAAUAAUGUAUGACGUACUACGUACCUACCCUUACAUCUAUUUAUGCCUAUCUAUUUUAUCUCUAAAUAACGAACUGCAUCGCAUCUUCCACUGCCAGUAUUUAUAUGUAUUUAUUCCAUUUCCUUGUUUCACUUAUGUUAAACGAUUUCCUUAAACAUAUACAUUUACUUUGAAGACGAACGAAUAUCUCUCGACGUGCUUUGCUAUUGUCCUUUACAAUUUCAACGCGAUCUUGCCGCCUAGCGUGCGCCUCGCGAGAAAGUAUCAAUUGUAGAAUUUAUGUAGACAUAGCUUCUGGCCGUUAAACGUUCAACGGUCACACGAUUGAAGCGUAUCUCUUAUAGAGUUUCGUCUCGAAAUUCAAUGCCAUUACGUAACUGCCACGCAUGACGAUUUUGUCACGUUGCUAACCAGUUUCUGGCUAUACAGGAGAAUAUGAUAGAAAAGUUAAUCCACGGAAAUACAGGAUUUUUCAUACAUCUUUUUUACUUACAAUUAGUUUCACAGUUGAUUUUUACUUAGUUUCACACGAAAGACAUUUUUAUUUUGAUUCAUGGCAAAAAUGGGCAAAUAGUAAAAGUUUAAAUUGUAAACGUGCACACGCUUACAAUAACAUUUAUCUAUAUAUUAAUAGCCAGGGCCGAGGAUCGUUAUUCAUCUUUACAUUUUUUUCUUUACGUACCGUAAACAAAAAAGAUGUGUAGACGUACCAUGAUCGUAUAAAUAUAAUAUGAAAUAUGAUUUAUUAGUAUUAAUAGUCAUAUAAGUUCCGUAUGCCAUUUUUUAUGUUUACAAACAACUUGGUUGUCGAUAUUUUAUCAGUCCCAUUCGAACGAAUAUCUGCGAAACACUCGAAACUAGCGCCUGUCGGAGAAUAGAUUUUGUAUUACUCUGUACAAUUUGGUCCAACAAAAUACAAAUAAACAUACGCAAGACAGCAUA